AUGGAAGAUGAACCGUGGAUAGAUCAAGAAACAUUAAGAGGGAUAGUGAACGAUGCAGUCAGUACAGCAAUUUCAGACGCAUAUCCUCGUGAUAAAGACGCGCAGAAUAAACUUCUUAAGAUUGCUAUACAAUUUGAUGUUGCUUUUGAAGGCGUUUGUAGUCUUCGUGAUCUGGAAAUGUCAAUACAUCCUCUUAGCGAUAAAGAAAUUAAGAAGAAUAUGAGUGACUUGGAGAAGAAACUUACAGUAGGUUUAUUAGAAAUCUAUUUUCUUAAAGUAUCCUUAUCUGAUUUGACGUGGAAGGACCCACUUGGUAGUCAGGUAGUAAGUGACGAUGCAGGUAUCGUGAAAGAAUUAGAUAAAACCGAAUAUGAUUCUUUUAUGGAACCGGCGGGGAAAAUGAAAGCAAUUGUGCCUGAUAUGAUUCAGGCAAAAUGCAACGAAUUUGUGGAGAAUUUUUGUUGUAGAGAUUUAGAUACCUUGCCAGAGAAACUUAGCCAUGACAACACCUGGAAAGAAUCAGAAGAGGAUUUAGUUAAGAUUGCGGAUGAAAUCCUCAAUACUCUAGAUAAUAUAUGGAAGAAUCCCGCAUUUGGACCUGAUCUUGCAAGUGCACAGAGUGAGGGAACAUACGUGGCAGGAAGUGUAGUGGUUCCACCUCUUCGGGUCACAUUGAAAGGGCUUCCAACUGGAGGAACUAAUUUACUUAGCAUGCGACGCGGAGCGACAGAGUGUAGCGAGUGCACACUGGAGAGCAAAAAGAAAAUGGAUGAGGUAAAGUUGUGGAGAGAAAUGAACGAUGGAAUGGCUUACAUACACUCUAGCUACAAACUUGAUAAGAACGGGUUCGGGAUCCGAGGAAUCCAAGUUACUGAGGAAACGAUGUAUUUUAACGUUCUUAUUAGGGAUACAGAUAAUAUUGGUCGGCUUUACCAUUUAUCGUCUGUCGAAAUUCCCGUACAGCCGACUGAUAGAGACCACUUAGAUCAGAGCGACAAAAACGAAGAAGAAGCUCUACAGGAUCUUCCGAUCCGGAAUAAAUUUAUUUGCCAAUAA